GUGGGUGUGGCACAGAUAGGCUGCAGUGGAGCUGGCUUCUGGUUCCAUCGCUCUCCCCGUUUCCACAGUUAGAGCUCCACUUUCUUAAGUCAGAUGGGAAGCAAAAGAGUACAGUGAUGCCAGAUCUUGAAAUCACCUGGGUUUUUUGGGGGGUGUGGGUGGAGAAAGGAGAACAGCCAGCAGAGCUCUGGCAGCUGCUACAAAUGGCUUCACCUAGAGGCAAAGUCAGUCACGGUGACACUUCCUCUAAGUGAAAGCGAAAGAGAAAUGAAGACAGAAGAAACACACGGGCAGGAGCGGGCGAUUGGCCAAGCAAGGGGUACUUGGAGAACCCCUCUUCUUCAGCCCAGGCUUGCAAGCGGGAGAGGGGUGGGGGGUGGGGAGGCAGUGAGAAAGGCAGUAGGCGGAGAGGGGCCUGAGAGCAGCCUCCAUGGACAUGGAGGCGGGGUGGUGUCUGCUGCUCUGCUUGGCUCUGUCCGGAUCAGCAAGAACUGAACCCCAUGCAACAGAAAGGCAAUGGCGGGCAGUGGACGUUAUCUUAGACUGCUUCUUGGUGAUGGAAGGUGGGCACCAAAGGGCUUUUGCCAGCAGUGGGAAUAGGGAGAAGGCCUUGCUUGUGCUGAAGCAGGUGCCAGUGCUGGAUGAUGGCUCCCUGGAAGGCUUCACUGAUUUCCAAAAUGGUGCAGUGGACAAAGAUGACCAACCUGUUAUAUUUGAGGCCUCAGUGGACCUGGUACAGAUUCCCCAGGCCGAGGCCUUGCUCCAUGCUGACUGCAAUGGGAAAGAGAUGACCUGUGAAAUUUCCCGCUAUUUUCUCCAAGUCAGACAGGAAGCCACUGUUGAGAAGGCAGCUUGGUUCAUCAUCAACGUGCAAAUAUCUAGAGGGGGACCCAGUGUCUCCAUGGUAAUGAAAACUCUUGGGGAUGGUGAGAAUGGAGCUGUCUGGCAACCUAUGCUGAAUCUACCCCAAAGCCUCCAGGGGACUGUGCGAACUGCAGUGGAAUUCCAGGUGACAACACUGACCCAAUCCCUGAAUUUCCUGCUGGGAUCCUCAGCCUCCCUUCACUGUGGCUUUUCCAUGGCUCCAAGCCUGGAUCUCAUCAGCGUGGAGUGGCGGUUGCAGUAUAAGGGCAGUGGCCAGCUGGUGUACAGUUGGAUGACAGGGCAGGGGCAGGCCAAGCGGCAGGAUGCUACCCUGAAGCCUGAGGAACUACUUAUGGCCGGGGAUGCCUCUCUCACCCUCCCCAGCCUCUCUCUAAAAGAUGAGGGGACCUACAUUUGCCAGAUCACCACCUCUCAGUACCAAGCUCAACAAAUCAUCCAGCUCAAUAUCCAAGCUUCCCCCAAAAUUCGACUGAGCUUGGCAAAUGAAGUGCUGCCACCCACUCUCAUCUGCAAUGUCGCUGGCUAUUAUCCUCUGGACGUGGUGGUGACGUGGAUCCGAGAGGAGCUGGGUGGAGCCCCAGCUGAGGUGUCUGGUGCCUUCUUUUCCAGCCUCAGGCAAAGCAUGGCUGGCACCUAUAGCAUCUCCUCGUCCCUGAUGGCUGAACCUGGCCCUGAAGGCGCCACUUAUACCUGCCAGGUCACUCACAUCUCCCUGGAGGAGCCCCUUAAGGCCAGCAUCAGGGUUGCCCCACACACAGAGCAGAGAAUGGCCUUUGAAAUCAUCUUGGCCAGCAGUCUUUUCCUUCUUGCACUACUGUUCCUGGGGCUUCAGAGACAGCAAGCUUCCUCACCAAAGUCUGCCAAGACUCUGAAGCAUUCUGAGUAAAUACUCUUUUGCCCCAAUUAUAAAGAUGGAGUAGUCAUAUUGUCUCAGAAGGACCUCACAAUGAAUCACAAAGCAGAGAAAAGCCUGAAGGGGGAUCCAGGUCUGGAGGUAGGAGGACAGACAGGACAGGUAAUGGCCCUGGCUCUACACAGGGCUCUGCCUUCCUUCACUGUGUGCCCCGGGCUGAUGUGUCAAGAGAAACAACAGAAAGAAGGGAGGAAGAAUGUUUGUGUGGAGGUUAACACCAAAGGGCCAUAUUUGAGUUGAGGUGGUAGGAAAGAAAAAUAGGAAUAGAGAAAGGAGCAAGUAAGGGACAAUGGAAUAAGGGGGUGGGGGUUGGGCUGCCACACACAAUUUCAAAUUGUCAAAAAUAAAAGCCCUUUGUGACCACUGAGACAAAGCUUUUCCAUUUUC